AUUUUAAUUCUAAAGAAUCCAAUUCAUUCAAACCAGAUCAUGUGAUAGUGUGUUACCUUUUUUGCUUUUUCUUGGGGUUCUUCUUCUUCUUCCUUUAAUCGUUUGGGCUUUUAGAUUGUUAUCAACUAUAUCAUUCCUUUCUUUCCCUCUUUCUUUCUUUCUUUUAAUCCAAUCUUUAGCAACUGAGAAGGAUCACACUGUUCUUGAGUCCCCAUGGCUACUGAGACUGUUAUAUCAGAUCAUACUGCUAUUAAUGAGGUAGAGAAGAAGGUGAAUGAGGAAGUAAAAACAGUUCCACCAGAGCUAGUUUCUCCAUCCAAUGAAACUGAAGAAGAAAAACCCAAAGCUGAGGCAUCUCCGAGUCCAGAAGCUCCAUCUAAAUCAGAAGAAAAGGAGGAGGUUGAGCCUUCUUCUAUAAUCAGAGAGAUUGAGAAGACUGGUGAAAGUCCUGUUGUGGAUGAAGAAGUAAAACCGGUUGAACAAGAGACACUUUCUUCAGUGAAGGAAAUUGAAGAAGAAAAAUCUAUGGUUGAGGAAGAAAAGGCACUUGAACAGGAGACAAUUUCUCCAUCCAAGGAAACUGAAGAAGAAAAACCAAAGGCUGCAGAAUCACAAAGUCUAGAAGUUACUUUGCCUGAAGCAGAAGAAAAGAUGGAGGAUAAGCGGAUUGAGCCUUCUCCAGUAAUCAAAGAGGUUGAGAAGUCUGGUGAUGCUCAGGUUUCAGAUGAAGAAGUAAAACCAGUUGAACAAGAGACAAUUUAUCCAUCCAAAGAACCAAAGGCUGGGGAAUUGAGAAGUCCUGAAGCUCCUUCAUCUAAAUCGGAAGAAAAAAUGGUGGAUGAGCAGACUGAGCCUUCUCUAGAAAUCAAAGAAGUUGAGAAGAUCGGUGAUGCUCUUUCAGGAGAAGACAUAAAAACUGUAGAACAAGAGACACUUUCUCCAUCCAAGGAAACUGAAGAAGAAAAAUUGAAGGCUGAGGAAGUAAAAAAAGUUGAACAGGAGAAAAUUUCACCAUCCCAGGAAACUGAAGAAGAAAAACCAAAGGAUGCAGAAUCGCAAAGUCCAGAAGCUCCUUCAUCUAAACCAGAAGAAAAGAUGGUGGAUGUGCAGACUGAGACUUCUUCCAUAAUCAAAGAGGUUGAGAAGACUGAUGACACUCCUGUUUUGGAUGUUCCAGUUGAAGAUAAUUCCACAGAAGCAAAAGAAUCCUUUCCUGAUGCUCCAGAGCCAGUAGUCCAACCAGCAGUUGAGUCAGUUGAAGAACAACCACCAGAGAAACCAGCAGUGGAAUCUAUUGAGAAACAGCCAGAUGAGAAAAGAAAGAUUGUUGACAGUGCUGAAUCAUCAAUUGAAGCCAUUAAGGAAACAGAGGAGCCAGUGGAAGUUUUUCCUGUCAAAGAAUCAGAAGCAGUAGUCAAAGAAAGAGAGGAUUCAGAGAGUGGGUCCAUAAAAGUAGAAAAACAAGAACCGGCAGUUCCUGAAGUGGAGGAAAAGCCACAAGAAGAACCUGAAGCUACUGAAAAAGUCAACACAGAAUCUGAUAUUGAGCAUAAAGAAAGCGCUGAAAUUGAAAUAGUCAAAGAUAAAGAGACUUUGGCUGAUAAGGUUGAGGAUACCAUAGUCUUGAAAGAGGAGGAAACCAAGAAAGAUCAGGAGCCUUUUCCAUCUGCAACUGCAGACCAACUUGUUCUAAUUAAUCAGGAAGCUCAAGCUGAUCCAAAAGGAGAUGGAUGGGAAACCUCUCUUCCUCGUGUUUCAGAAAAGGAAGUCAAGGAGUUGGAAAAGAUUAAAGAGGAUGAAGCAAACUAUGUGAAAACUGAAAAUGAGAAUGAAGAGCAUGUGAGUACCAAGGAGUUGACCCAGCCAGAAAUACUGAAAGUUGAGGAAGUGAGCAAUUCCAUUUCUAACGCUGAGGUUACUGAAAAAUUGUUGGAAGGGAAGAACGCGAACACUGAAGAAGAUAACAAAGAUAAUGUGAUUAUAUCAACCCAGCCAGAAUCAAAGACAAUCGAGGAUGCUAGUAGUUCCCUUGCUGCUACUGAGGUUACUGAAAAAUUGUUUGAGGGAGAGAAUACUAGCAGAGAUGUUGAGCUGUUUUCUGAAAACAAGAAAGAAGAGCUGACAUCAGUGGAAACUGACAAAGAUGGGGAGUUGGAAGGAAAACUGGAUGAAGUCACUACUGCUGAUAUUGUUAAGCCAACUACAGAGCCCCCAGAGACUGAAUUGGAAGUGAAAGGAGAGUCCCGGGAGACUGAAUUAGAACUGAAAGAAGAGGAAACUGCAAAAGCCAGUAAAGAAGUUAAUGAGGCUGCAAAAUCCGAUGUUCCACUGGAGUCUGCCAAGGAUGGGGUCGAUGAAAAAACUACCCAGGACCUGCCAAAGCAAGAAGUUUCAGCCAAGCGAGCUCAAAAGCAAUCAAAUAACAUAAUAUCAAAGGUGAAACAGUCUCUUGUGAAGGCGAAGAAAGCUAUAACUGGAAAAUCUUCAAGAUCAACCCAGCGUGAUAUCAAAAUCAGUAGCGUUUGAAGUCAUAAACUUUGCAGAGAUUUAUAUGGACGCAUUGUUCCUUCCAUCAUUUUCAUGAAAAAUAUAGCAUAAUAGUGGUUUGCAUCAGGGUUGCUGUUUUCUGUUAGUCUUUGGCUUGUCGGUGUGAUGAUAGCAAAGGUGUGUACAUAGUUGAACAACACGCUCUGCUCCAUCUUGUAAAAACUACAUACUUCUUCGCUUUCACUUUAUUCUUUUUAGUUGUAUGCAUUGUUUGCUUGUUGGUGAUUGAUUGCUGUCAAUAAUGGUCGUUGGAUCAAACGUUUCAAUUUUUAAGAUGAUGUAUAGAUUUGUGUUCUGGUUGUGAUUAAUGUUUAUCAGCACUGUCAA